AUGUGCCUAUGCUUCGACAUUUUGCGCGCGUUUCUUCCCUGGAAGCCAGCUAAACCGGCAGCUCCUGGUUCGACGUCGCUCCAGCUGUUAAAGCCUCCCGCAACCAACGCCUUCGCCUUCUCCAACCUCCCCGGCGAAGUUCGCACCGAGAUAUACAAGCUCUGCGUCGACAGCCACUUCGACAUCCCGUUCCCCAACCUUCGCACCCCCGACAUCACCUCCAUCCUACCCUCAAUCAAGACGCCGGCCAUCUGCCGCGUCAACCGCUCCACCCGCGCCGAGGCGCUUCCCGUCUUCUUCGCACACACGCGCUGGGCCGUGACCGGCGGCGUGCCCACGCCCAUCGGCGAGGAGAGCACGCUCAACGGCCUCAACGUGCGCGGCAUGGGCGCCGGCCUCGGCUCUGGCCCGCCCAGAUCCAUCGGCGUCCCGGACAUCCUGCUGCUGCUGCCGCCCGGCGGCCCGCCGUACGACUGGGUCCGCAGAGAGACGUUCCUCCCGGACGACCUGGAGCUCCGCACGUGGGCGCGCUGGUGCGCCAGGGUCAAGAGGAUGGGCCGGGAGGCGGAGAAUGGUGUUAGUAAGGUCCGUAUACGCGCAUACGCGCACGCACUGUGCCGCUCGGACCUCCGCAUUGUCGGCGGCGCUCACUGGAAUGAGUUUGGCCUCUUGGAGUUCGACGUCGACCUGGUUAAGGACAAGACGGGAAAGUGGCCGAUGGUCCGCGGCCUCAUUACAAGGUCGAUGGUCCCGGCGGUUGAUGCUGCGGAGGUGUUUCUGGAGGAGUUGGUGGCCCCGCUGAGGGAGAAGAGGGUUCUGGGCUUGUUGCGGGUCAGGGACGUCAAGGUGUUGGUUGAGACGUUCACUGCGUAUGUGGCGGAGAUGGGCUUGAGCGAGGAGACGAAGUUCCUUGGGAAGAUCACUUUCUAA